AUGUCCCUUAUCUGCCAACAAUUCGCCAAGGUGGAAGCCAAGUUCUCUGAGGAAGAAGGAGGUCCUCCAUCAGAGAAAGGUCAGAGGGCGCAGCCCCAGGAACAUGCCCAAGAUGCCCUCUCAGAUGCAGCAGGUGCAGAGGAGACAGCUGGGGAAUUCCAGGGGUUCCCUUUGGGAAAAGCCAUUAACGAAAGUGCUGAAGGAAACUUCGGAGAUAGAGAAGAACCACAGAGGCAGGAGGGGAGCCACACAGCAGCAGGUGCAGAGGAGACAGCUAGGGAAUUUCAUGGGUUUCCUUUGGACAAAGCCAACAGCAAUGAUGCCAAAGGAAGCUUGGGAGAUGGAGACAGACCACAGCGGCAGGAGGGAAGCCACACAGGGCACGAUCAGAGGAAUGAGGAGGGUGAAGAACUGCAUCCUCUAUUGCCAGAUGAAGCCAAGAAUGAAGACUUGAGAGGCAACUUCCAAAAUCAAGGUGGACCGAAGAGAAAGAAAAGAAGCCACAUGGCCAAGAAGAGGCGUCAACCCAUUCCUUGCCAAGUGGAGGAUUUCCAAGAACUAAUUUGCAUGGUGAAGGAAACAUACAAGUGCUUGGCUUGUGGAAUGAACCUAUCAGAUCAAUCCCAGUAUAAUGACCACAUACGAAUGCACAGUGGAGAGGAGACCCAUCAACGGCUGGAGUGUGGAAAGAUCAUGACUUGCAGAGGAGAGCUCCAUGGACAUCAAAGAAUACAUACUGGAAAGAAAUCUUACAACUGCUCAGACUGCGGGAAGAGCUACUCAAAGAAAUUAGACCUUGUUCGACAACAAAGGAUUCACUCAGGAGAGAAACUUAUAUUCUCAGAGACUGGAAUGGCAUUCCCUGAGGGUGGAAAACAUAAUAGUUUUCCAAAGCAGAGCACAAUGAAGUCAUAUAAAUGCUUCCAGUGCAGAAAGUACUUCAGAUACAGAUCACAGCUCUUUCUGCAUAAAAGAAUCCACACGGGUGAAAACCCUUUGGAAUAUUCAGAGUGUGGGAAAAGAUUCAGUCAGAGUAACCAUCUUAAAAAACAUCUAAAAACCCACACUGGGGAAAAGCCCUUUGUAUGUUCAGAGUGUGGGAAGAGAUUCGGUCAGAAGGGCAAUCUUCAGAAACAUCUAAGAACACACACAGGGGAGAAGCCUUUUGAAUGCUCAGAGUGUGGGAAGAGAUUCACUCAGAAUGACGGUCUUCAGAAACAUCUACAAACCCACACAGGGGAGCAGCCUUUUGAAUGCUCAGAGUGUGGAAAGAGAUUCAGUCAGAGUGGCAGUCUUCAAAGACAUCUAAGAACCCACACAGGGGAGAAGCCUUUUGAAUGCUCAGAGUGUGGAAAGAGAUUCAGUCAGAAAAGCAGUCUUCAAGAACAUAUGAGAACCCACACAGGGGAGAAACCUUUUGAAUGCUCAAAGUGUGGGAAGAAAUUCAGCCAGAAAAGAAAUCUUCAGGAACAUAUGAGAACCCAUACAGGGGAGAAGCCUUUUGAAUGCUCAGAGUGCGGGAAGAGAUUCAGUCAGAAAAGCAGUCUUCAAGAACAUAUGAGAACCCACACAGGGGAGAAGCCUUUUGAAUGCUCACAGUGUGGGAAGAGAUUCAGUCAGAAAAGAAAUCUUCAAGAACAUAUGAGAACCCACACAGGUGAGAAGCCUUUUGAAUGCUCAGAGUGUGGGAAGAGAUUCACUCAGAAUGACGGUCUUCAGAAACAUCUACAAACCCACACAGGGGAGCAGCCUUUUGAAUGCUCAGAGUGUGGAAAGAGAUUCAGUCAGAGUGGCAGUCUUCAAAGACAUCUAAGAAUCCACACAGGGGAGAAGUCUUUUGAAUGCUCAGAGUGUGGGAAGAGAUGCAGUCACAAAGGCAAUCUUCAGGAACAUAUGAGAACUCACACAGGGGAGAAACCUUUUGAAUGCUCAAAGUGUGGGAAAAAAUGCAGUCAGAAAAGAAAUCUUCAAGGACAUAUGAGAACCCAUACAGGGGAGAAGCCUUUUGAAUGCUCAGAGUGUGGGAAGAGAUUCAGUCAGAAAAGAAGUCUUCAAGAACAUAUGAGAACCCACACAGGAGAGAAGCCUUUUGAAUGCUCACAGUGUGGGAAGAGAUUCAGUCAGAAAAGAAAUCUUCAAGAACAUAUGAGAACCCACACAGGGGAGAAGCCUUUUGAAUGCUCAGAUUGUGGCAAGAGAUUCAGUCUGAGUAGAACUCUUCAAGGACAUCUAAGAACCCACACAGGGGAGAAGCCUUUUGAAUGCUCAGAGUGUGGGAAGAGAUUCAGUCGGAGUAGCACUCUUCAAGGACAUCUAAGAACCCACACAGGGGAGAAGCCUUUUGAAUGCUCAGUCUGUUGGAAGAGAUUCAGUCUGAAUGGCGAUCUUCGAAAACAUCUAAGAACCCACACAGGGGAGAAGCCUUUUGAAUGCUCAGAGUGUGGGAGGAGAUUCAGUGUAAGUUGCAAUCUUCAAGAACAUCUAAGAACCCACACAGGAGAGAAGCCUUUUGAAUGCGCAAAGUGUAGGAAGAGAUUCAGUCAGAGUUGCAAACUUCAAGAGCAUCUAAAAACUCACACAGGGGAGAAACCUUUUGAAUGUUCAGUGUGUGGGAAAAGGUUCAGUCUGAAUGGCAAUCUUCAAAAACAUCUAAGAACCCACACAGGGGAGAUGCCUUUUGAAUGCUCAGAGUGUGGGAGGAGAUUCAGACUGAAAGGCUCUCUUCAGAAGCACCAAAGAAUGCACACAAAGGAGAAGCCUUCUGAAUGCUGA